AUGGCUAUGAACGUUCAAUCCAAGACUGCUAUUGUCACUGGAGCUGGCUCUGGUAUCAAUUUCUGUUUUGCAAAAUUGCUACUCAGCAAAGGUUGCAAUGUUGUCAUUGCAGAUCUCGCUCUGCGUCCAGAAGCUGAGGAAUUGAUAUCGAAAUAUUCCGACUCUUCAAAUGGUCCGAAAGCCGUGUUUCUGAAAACGGACGUAACGGAAUGGGCCCAAUUGGAGAAGAUGUUCGAAGUAGCAACGGAGCAAUUUGGUGGUGCUGAUAUUGUGUGCCCAGGAGCUGGCGUGUAUGAACCACCAUUUUCGAAUUUCUGGAACCCUCCUGGUACCCCCCCUUCCGUCGACAAAACCACUGAAUCACGAUACAAACUGCUUGAUAUCAACAUCACUCAUCCGAUACGCGCAACUCAAAUGGCUAUUGAGCAUUUCAUGAAGCGGAAGAAGCCUGGCACUGUUAUUCAUAUAUCCAGUAUUGGUGGCCAAAUUCCAUUCUUUCCAACGCCAAUGUAUGUAGCGUCGAAACAUGCUAUAUCAGGUUUUGUUCGUUCAUUGGCACAGUUGGAAUUCCCUUCUCCCGAUAUUCCCAAAGUACGCAUAAGUGCAGUAGCACCUGGUCUGAUAAAAACUCCAUUAUGGACAGAAAGUCCCGAAAAGAUGGCAUUUAUUCCCAAAGAUAACCCGGAUUGGGUAACGCCAGAAUUUGUUGCCGAAGCGAUGUUAGAGCUUAUCGAGAGUGAAGAAUAUUCUGGGGGUACAAUUCUAGAAGUUGGCAAAAUCACGAGAAAAGUGGAAGUCUUCAACGAUCCUGGACCUCCACAAAAAUCAACGGCAGUCAAACAUGUACCUCGUGAGAAUCUGGAAGCUGAUAUAUGGGCAUCUAUGGAGAGGCAAUACCGAUCUUAG